AUGUACAUUGAUCCUCAAAAUCAUAAUAAGGAUACACAUUUAGAUAUCAUCGACAAGAUACCAAAUAGGAGUCGUCAGCAAUCCCCUAAACCUGGUGAUGAGACUCCUAAUUCUAAAGAUAAGACAGGAAGCAACCAGGAUGAAGAACCUACGAUUUCAAUGGAUGAGAUAGGUAGGGCCAUCGAGGAGUCCGAAAGACGACAACGGAAUGAUACUGAAGAAGGCCUUGAAAGGAAAAGGCAGAAUGAUGAAAUGCGUAAAGAAUUAAUGACACAAAGUAGACCAACCUCUGGGAAAUACAGUCUAAAUGAUUUUCAAAUACUGCGAACUUUAGGCACGGGUUCAUUUGGACGUGUUCAUUUAAUUAGGUCCAAUCACAACGGAAGAUUUUAUGCAUUAAAAGUAUUAAAGAAACAUACGAUUGUGAAAUUAAAACAAAUUGAACAUACUAAUGAUGAACGUUUGAUGCUUUCGGUGGUGAGUCACCCGUUUAUUGUUCGAUUAUGGGGUACAUUUCAGGAUUCAAAUAAUAUAUUUAUGGUAAUGGAUUAUAUUGAAGGUGGUGAAUUAUUUUCUUUAUUAAGGAAAUCUCAAAGGUUUCCAAACCCUGUUGCUAAAUUUUAUGCAGCAGAAGUAUGUCUGGCGUUAGAAUAUCUUCAUAGUAAAGAUAUCAUAUACAGAGAUUUAAAACCUGAAAAUAUAUUAUUGGAUAAAAAUGGUCAUAUUAAAGUAACAGAUUUUGGUUUUGCUAAAUAUGUACCUGAUAUCACAUAUACAUUAUGCGGUACACCUGAUUAUAUUGCCCCUGAAGUGGUCAGUACGAAGCCAUAUAAUAAGAGUGUUGAUUGGUGGAGUUUUGGUAUCUUAAUAUAUGAAAUGUUGGCUGGUUAUACACCAUUUUACGAUUCUAAUGCCAUGAAGACAUAUGAAAAUAUUCUAAAUGCCAAAUUAAAGUUCCCAUCAUUUUUCAACGAAGAUGCUCAGGAUUUAAUAAGUAAAUUAGUCACUAGAGAUUUAAGUGCAAGAUUGGGUAAUUUACAAAAAGGUAGUGAGGAUGUAAAGAAUCAUCCAUGGUUCAAUGAAGUUGUAUGGGACAAAUUAAUAACAAGAAACAUCGAGACGCCUUAUGAACCUCCAAUUCAACAGGGACAAGGUGAUACGUCCCAAUUUGAUAGAUACCCUGAGGAAGAAGCUGAUUAUGGUACUACCGGUGAGGAUCCAUAUGGUGAGCUUUUCAAGGACUUCUAA